AGGCCUCAGCCAGCCAGACGACAGACGAGACUGCUAGGGUGUUAGGAGCGGGCCGUGUGCAAAUCUUGGUCAAGGCGAAAUCAGUGGUAGGGCCGUGUGCACAACACAAACGACGCGCAAAAACAGCGUGUAGAACAUCGGUAGGGUGUGUUGGAGGAGGUGUUGAGGACUUCAUACUGUGCUCACUGACAUCCUGCCCACCAUGAGCUCGGACAGCUGUUACAAGUGUGGCAAGCCUGGCCACUUUGCACGUGAAUGCCGUACACGUGGAGUCGGAGGUGAGCGUGGGCGUGGCGAGCGGGACUUCCGUUCCCGCGGCGGAGAAAAGUGCUACAAAUGCAAUCGUGUUGGGCACUAUGCCCGUGAGUGCAAGAUGGAUGUUGACCGGUGCUACAAGUGUAAUCAGCUGGGCCACAUUGCCAAGGAGUGUGACAAGGACAUUGAUUCAGGUGCCUGUUACAACUGUGGGAUGACUGGGCAUGUCCAGCGUGACUGUCCAGAAGUAAGCUCACGACCCUGUUUCCGAUGUGGAGAAAGUGGUCACCUUGCUCGUGAUUGUCCUGAUUAUGAGCGUCGAGCUGAUGACCGCAAGUGUUAUAAUUGCGGUUUUUCUGGUCAUCUUUCGCGGGACUGUGCUGAAAACAAUCGCUCAUGUUACAGGUGUGGAGAUAGUGAUCACCUGGCCCGAGACUGCCCAGAGGGCAACACCAAGACGCAGUGCUACAAUUGCAAGGAGAUGGGCCACAUUGCUCGCGAGUGUCCCAUGGAACAGAAGAUGGUGAUGGCCAGUUGAAUAUGAGGUCCCCUGGAUGCAUCCCUCUCCACUUGUCUCUCACCUGGCUGACCCGUGGCAGCAGUUUGCUUACCUUUAGUUGUCAUUUUCUGGAUGCGUCAUCACAAGAACCAUUCUUGAUUUCUGUUUUUAAUCUCUCUUGCUUCCCACUGAUUUGUCAAAGAACUUGCUUGGAUUUGUGUUAAAAAGCUGAUCUUGUUGACCAUUUUCACAACUUAUUGUUCUGGACUGAUUGAAAUAUGUGUAUAGUUAUCAUUUAGACUCGGGCAUACUGUGUAGAUCAUUUACAGUCUUCAAAAUCUUGUACAGCGGCAUGUAGACUUUGAAAAUGAGACGGAAUAAUCAUAGAAGUUCAUACAUUUUAAAAGCAGCAGGAAUGGCGUUGUUUGGUGAGCAGAAUUAUUACAGCAUAGGGGUGGUUGGUUGGUGGAUGCAUUAAAGUCCCUCGUGUUGUUACAACAAGUGGAGCAGUUGUCUGUUAAUGAACUUUCCAAGGUGGUGGGAGCUGUUUCUCCAUUAUUGGAGAGAGUAUGUCAUACUGUCCAGACCUGUAAAUAAGAUGGCAUAUUUUCUUUUCUUUUAUAAGAAAUAUCUGCAGUGUAUUUUUUAUGAUUUUGUUUUUGCUAACUGUAGUUUCCAGUAGAGAUUUAUUGCUUUAAAAUAAAUGGUGCUGUGGAGUGUCUGUGUGUAUGGCUUGCAUGUUUAAGUGAACAAGUGGAUGCAAGUAUUAGAUCAUGUUUGACCUUCUGUGUGCCAGUUGUUCCGUUUGUAUUUAUGCACCAGUUUCAGUCUUGUUGGACAAUGGCCGAAUUAUUCCUACAUAAAUUUUACUUUUUACUUGGGGCCCCCUCACUUUAUUUUUAUAAAAGGUAGUUUAAUCUUUUGAGCUUACCAGUGUUCUCUCUGACCACACAACCGAGGCAAAACAUCCAGCCUUUAUAAACUUGGUGUCUCUCUUAUAUAACUUUCUAGAUAUUAUACUCAAGGUUAGACCUUUUGUGUACAUUUUACUUCAGUGUAACAGCAGGUGGAGUAAACAUCUAACAUAGAUGAAACGAUCUGUAUGAAAAUGGUCAUAAACAGGUCUGGUAUAGUCUUUGUAGUGCUUUGAUAUAGCUUCUUACAUUGUAUGCAGUUUCAUCCGUACAUGGUGUACAUUUUAAAAUGCAAAUUUUUUUUUUAAGUAUGACAGUACACUUGUAGCAGGUUUUAUGGAUCAGCAGUUUUAUGGUGUCCUCUUCCCAUGGUUGUGGGAUGUCUUAGUAAAAGUGCCAAGUUUUAUUGUGCAUGUUAAUGGUAUCAUCAGGUCCAAGUACAUUCAUUCCUGCUUUGUAGUAGCUGUGGGGACAGUUUGAUGACAGUUCUUUGUGUAGGCAAAUCACUUUUGGUUUUUAAUUCAUUUCCAGAUAAACUUGCGUUCCCGAAGUUUAUCGCAGUGUAGGGGAACACCGAUUAUUUUUUAUAGGAACUGUAGGUAACACGUAACAACCAAAAUCACGAUGAGUCAAGACAGGUCUCUGCAGGGUAGGGUUUGUUGGCAUAAGAGCCUUUAUCUAACUGGUUACAGAAUAACGUACAGCACGCCAUCUGUGCUCGGCAGUCCCGUCGUACAACACUUAACGCAUGUCACCAAUAAUACAUUGAGUGUUAACUCUCCCAGGUUUAGCUUUUCUUUCUCUGCAUGUGACGUCCGUUUACAGGGCUGACUUACAUUGACAUAGCCUGGGUUGGUCCCCCCACCCCAAUGUGUGCUCACUGACAUCCUGCAUAAGUCACUUGCCAUUUUAUUCUUUGUUACGCACCCUGAUAUGAAAAGGUAAACUAGAUAGAACAACAGAGGGCAGUCAAAAGUUAAGUGGUGUAGUGAUAAAGUGUUUUUUGCUGGUAGUUUAAAAUAUGUAAGCAUUGUAAUAUUGCAUGAUGUCUUCAUUGAGAACACUGCUGCUAAUGAUUGUAGAGACUAUUAUUAUAAAUUAUUGGUACUGACAUUUUCAGCAUCAUCAAAAUAAUUCUGGUUUGGUAAGGCUUCCUGUGAACAGCUGUUGGACUUUUGCUGCCUGAUCCAAUGCUAAAUAAGGGAUAGAAUUAGUAACUGUUAAACCUUCCACUGACUGACGCAUUCUUAGAUAACACUAUGAAUCUGCCCUAUAAGUGUAGCAACAAAAUGCAAAAUUUGUCAUGCCUUUGUAAUUUUUGUUUUGGGAACUUUUUGUUGGGCAGUUUCUGCUGAGGGUAACGAGUGGUUAGUAUUUUUUGUUGCCUUUUAAAAUUUAUAAAUAUAAUCGGCAAACUUUCAGUACCAAAGAGAUGACGAAAUGAUUGCAGAAAGCACAGAUGGGGAUUUUUUAAAAGUUGAAAUGAAUUAAAAUUUUUGUAUAAUUGGUAAAAGUGGACGUUUUUUUUUUUUUACUGGGAGACUGUUCUAAAGUGCAAGAAAGCAUGUAAAUUUAGAAGUAUAGAUAUGGAGACCUAAAUUGAGUGAUACCUGAAUAUUAAAACACGCUGUACAGCAGUUGUAAAACUGGAUGGAGAGAUGCUUCCUGCUGGAGAACUCUUGGACAUGAUAAAUGUAGCGAUAAAUGCAGUUUUCUAAGGCAUAGCAGGAGCUUUGACCUGUUUAACAUUUCACAAAACUGAGGGGUAAUUUUUAGCUGGUUAUUUAGAACAUGUUUGACCAGCAAGACAGGCCAAUGGUAAUAUUGCAGUACACAUAAUCUUAUUGUUUAGUGUGAGGCCUACAUAUUUGGAAUUUGACUGGAAAUAUUCUGUUGCCAUUAGUAACGACCAUUGCUAGCUUGUACUUGUGGGUGUGCAGACAAUUUUCAAUAGCUAAGAAUCAUUCAUCCCUAAAGACUGCAGAGGUAAAAAACCAUGCUGGAGACAACAAAAAUUUGUGGCUCAAUUUUAAUGUUUAGUGUCUGUAAAUUUUGUGCAUGCUAAGAAAAAAAACCUUACUGAUGCAUGUGAAAAGAUGGUAAACAUUUUUGGAUUUAUGAACUUCUAAUUUCUCAGACAAUGGAGUGGUUGCUAUCUUUCCAGGCAGUUAUGUAUAUUAGGAUGCAAGUUACAUUUUAAAACAAAAGGCUUCAAAGUUUUGUUGGCCAUGUAUGCCACAUAUAUCCUCUGCAAUAGUCAGCAAAAGAUUCUAGUGAGAAAUGCAGGAUCUGUACUUAUGUUUCUACCUUGGUGAAUUAAUUCUGCUGCUUGUAUGUAUAGCACUAUUGAAAUAGUUGAGAUGUUAUGGUGCUUGAUGUGGAGCUGUUUGCGCUGUGUAGCCCUACAUCAUCUAUUUGGAAUGCUGCUGCCUCGAGGGAGGCAACUUCUCACAAAGGCAGCUGUGGCUGUGCACAGUGGACUCGCACCAGGGGGCUUAAUCUUGUUCAUUUGUUAUCAGACCCCAGUCUUCUUCCAGUAGUGGACUUACAGGACUGCAGCAGUAGCAGAAGGCUUGAAGGUCAAGGUUAGAGGGUUGUUGGCAUGAUGUCUUUGAAGCAUCUGGGGCACUUUCGUUUGCUAAUAAAGCACUUCGUGGCUCUAAAGCCACACCAGUUUAGGUUAUACCCUCUUGUUUUCUGUCUUUUGGCUCCAGAAUAUUACAUAGAUGUGCUUUUCAUACUUGCUGGUGGAUUUUGUUUUUAUUUGUGAACACAUGAUAAAAACUGUUGAUAGCCUUUGUUUAGAUGUUCUAGUGAUGAUGUGCACAACAGGAUUUACUUAGUGCACGAGAAAUUUGAGCAGAAUUUUGCAUGUCUGCGAUACUUUAAACCUGAACUAAGAAACAUGGUGAAAUUACAGAUGGUGAUCAUGAUGACAGUUUUUUCAGCUGCAGAAUAAAUAGUGUUAUUUUUUGUCCAGUACUGACAGUUAUCUGUAUAACAAUUGGUAGGUCUGAUAUAAUUCUUUUUGUGUAUACAUUUUAGCUCUUUAAUAUUGGCUGGCUGUCUUCAGUUUGCUGUUGAGGUGUGAGAUUUUGCUUUGAGCUAUAUGCUACAGGUCUCUCUCCCUUACAACCAGUUUUAUUGAUCUACAUGCAUGAGAAAUUCUCAUAUUUGAAAAGCAAACAUUUUCAUUGUCAGCAAAGCCUUUGUGCCUGGAGUUUUUAGAGUUAACAUAAACUUUUUUUUUUUUCUUUCUGUCACCAAAGAACUAAAUUGUUUAUGGAUAUCUUACAUUGCUGUCUCUGUUGAGCACCAUGUUUUCUCAGUAGAUUGCUACAUUUUGUCACACAAUAUUGCUGUGCUUUUCAUCACAAUGUAUUAAAUGUGAAAGUUUAAUUAUAAUGAUUAACUGUAUCUUGACAGUAAUCUUUGUCAUGUAUUCAAUUUCCCCCAAUAUCUAUAGGGAUUUUAAGGAAUUGGUCUUGAGUUUUUUUUACCCUUUUAAAGUGUGGGGUGUAUUUCAUGAAUUUGAUGGUACAAGGUGUAGGGUUACUUGCAUCUUGUCUUUUUUUUUGUCCAGAGGGGCCAUCUGUAGAAAGAUUUUGUACAACAUGCAGGUGAGCAAGAUUAAGUCAGCGGUGCCCAAACCAUUGCGCAGGGCACCUUGAGAGAGGAGUCUGUACAUAAAUAAACCAGUUUGUACAAUA